CUAUGUAUUGGAUUUUUAAACUCAAAAAUAUCUCUCUUUCACACGUAUGAGAUCAAAUUUGUGAUUUUCACUCAGGUGAGCUCGCAUCUGCUCUCAUACACCAUUGCUCGCUGUGUUCAGUUUGAGCUCUCAAGAUUUGUUCUACUUGAGAAAAAGCUUCAAUCUUUGGCGAGGAAGAAGAGAGAGAGAGAGAGAGUAUUGGGUUGACAAUGGAUUCAGGUGAUGCAUCUGGAUAUUCAGCUGGGACGGACGAUGAUUAUGAAUCUUUACUUUCAACGACUGAUGCGGAGCUCUUAAAACGAGCAUGGCGGAAUGAAAAGGCUGCUCCUGAAAUUCUUCAACAUGGGACUGCUUUGGUUCAAAGAUCCAGAGAACAAAUUCAAUUGAUGGAAGAAACAGUAGAGGAAUUUUUAAAAAAUGGUGUUGAUCCGCUCACUUUAUCUCUUUACCAGAUGGACCUUGAUAGAACUCUGUUUCUAUUAAGAUCAUAUUUAAGAACCCGUCUCCAAAAGAUCGAAAAUUAUGCAUUUCACAUACAAAAAAAUACUGGCUUAUGGAAUCGUCUAUCUAAACAAGAACAGAAAUUUGCUGAAAGGUGUAUUGACGACAUGGAGCAACAUCUAGAUCAAUCUGUUCUCUCAAAGUUGCCUCAUGGCUUCAAGUCCCACUUGAAGCAAUCUUCACUAAGUUUGGCAGAUGACAUGGUUCCUGAGCCGCAGCUAGAUCAAUUUGUUAUCUGCAGAAGCAAGAAAUUUUUAGGAUCUUUUCAGCUUGAUGACAGUGGGGAAGAACCAGUGAACAUUGAAGCCAAUGAUUUGUAUGCUCUUCCUUACAAGUCUAUAAAGCCACUUGUGGAGAGUGGGCAGAUUGAUCUGGUAUGAGAGUAUAGGAGUAGUCCUACGUUGUGCGGACUCUCAAAAUAUGUUGUUGUACUUGUAUCAGAUCCUCCAAAAAUGCACUACUUUUGGAGGAUCCGACACACACCCAUGUACAUUUUUGAAGAGUUCUAGCAACAUAGCAAAACACUGCCUCUUUGUUUUCUGCUGAUAAGAAACCCACGAUUAAUUAUAUUAUCCAACAAUGUCAUAGUUUGUAACAAAUGCAGCAUAGGACUAUUAACUCUCUUACAAUCCUUUUAACUGCUCAAGAAUGGUUUCCCCUAUUGUGUUAUGAGUAGUGUUCUCUUGUUUUUU